UUUUAUCCUGCUUUUGGAGGAGGAACAACAACUGGUGAAAAUAUAUCAAUCCGGACAUAAAACAGAAGACAUAUUUUAGCUACUGGAGUGACCACAUUCAACCAAUUCAUGGAUGUUGCAAUACUGAUGUCGUACGCUGGGUGGCACUAAAGCGUCAUACGGAAGUACUUCGCCCGAGCGAAGAAGACCAGGAAAGUUAGCUAGACAAACAUGGCGGAUGCUGUCCCCAGCUGCCAGUUGAGCUCCAGCCUAAGCUAAGCCGAGCAAAAGAGGCUGCUUCUAAGGAGCUUCGAUGAGUUUUCAUCUUUCAUGGAUAUUCCGGACUCGCUGGGACUCUGAGCUGUUCGCUUAAGCCGAAUGGCGUCCGCUCAAGCCCGAAUCGGCCAGCAGGCCUUAGCGGUGCUCGAUGUGGCUCUGCGAGUCCCCUGCAUCUUUAUCAUCGACGCAAUUUUUAACUCUUAUUACGACCCCGGGCCGGGAUGGGCCGGUGCCGUCGGGAAGGCUUUGUUCCGAGUGUCGGGAGUCCUUAUCUCCAGCGUGGUGCUGCUGCUCUCCCAGAAGGCCUUGUUCAAGUUCUACACGCUGUUCUUGGCCGUCGUCCUCGGCGCGGCGGCUGUCCUCGUCAACUACCACGCCACGUCUCACAUUGACUUCUACAGCGCCUACUACAAAGCGGCGCUGGGCUUCAGACUGGUGCCCAGGAAUGGGCCCACGCUGUGGCUGGGCGUGGCGGCCAUCCAGCUCGUCUUCGGGGUGGGUUACGUGUUCCUCUUCAACCUGCAGUCGUCGCUGGCCGCUCUGGUGGUCCUGGACAUCAUGGUGCCCGUAUGGGGGCUGAUGAUCGAGCUGCCGCUGGAUGUGCGGCGGCUGGUGGCUGUGUUCUCAGGCAUGGCGUUGGCGCUCAACACGGUGGUGUGCCUCACCAUGAGGCUCAAGUGGUUCUACUACUCGUGUCGCUACGUUUACCUGCUGGUCCGCCACAUGUACCGGAUGUACGGUCUACAGCUGCUGCUGAAGGACACUUGGAAGAGGAUCAGGUUCCCUGACGUCUUGCGAGUGUUCUGGCUGACCCGGGUCACCGCCCAGGCCCUGAUCCUCAUCUAUGUGGUGUGGGCGGUGCGGCGGGAGAGCGGCGAUGCCACGGGAGUGACAACAGAUGGGAACUUGGACUCGCAGGGCUACCUGCUGAGCUGGGACGUGUUCUGGGACGUGACCAGUAACCUGAUCAUCUCCGGAUGCGACUCCACACUCACGGUUCUGGGGAUGAGUGCCGUCAUCUCGUCUGUGGCGCACUACCUGGGUCUCAGCAUCCUCACCUUCAUCGGUUCGACUGAGGAGGAGGACAAACGUUUGGGCUUCGUGGCUCCAGUUUUGUUCUUCAUCCUGGCCUUGCAGACCGGCCUCAGCAGUCUGGACCCCGGGGAACGGCUGGUCCGUCUGAGCCGCAACAUGUGCCUUCUGCUGACGGCCAUCCUGCACUUCAUCCAAGGUAUGACCGACCCGGUGCUGAUGUCCCUCAGCGCCUCGCACGUCUCCUCGUUCCGCCGCCACUUCCCUGUGUUGCUGGUGUCGGCUGCGCUCUUUGUGCUCCCGGUGGUGCUCAGCCAUGCCCUGUGGCACCACUACGCCCUCAACACCUGGCUCUUCGCCGUCACCGCCUUCUGCGUGGAGCUCUGCCUCAAGGUGGUGGUGUCGCUGACAGUCUAUGGCCUUUUCAUGGCCGACGGCUUCUCCAACGUUCUGUGGGAGAAGCUGGACGACUACGUCUACUAUGUGCGCUCCACGGGCAACAUCAUCGAGUUCCUGUUCGGUGUGGUGAUGUUCGGGAACGGCGCCUACACCAUGAUGUUCGAGUCGGGCAGCAAGAUCCGCGCCUGCAUGAUGUGCCUGCACGCCUACUUCAACAUCUACCUGCAGGCCAAGAACGGCUGGAAGACGUUCAUCAACCGCCGCACGGCUGUCAAGAAGAUCAACUCUCUGCCGGAGCUGCGCGGCGACCAGCUGAGGGACAUCGAGGACGUGUGCGCCAUCUGCUACCAGGACUUCGCCACCUCGGCUCGCAUCACGCCGUGCCACCACUACUUCCACGCGCUGUGCCUCCGCAAGUGGCUGUACAUCCAGGACACCUGCCCCAUGUGCCACCAGAGGGUCAACGUGGACGAAGACAGCCAAGACAGGGACGCCUUCUCCAACAACAACGGUGGCUAUGCGGCGCCGCCGGACAACAAUGACGCAGCCCCGCUGCUGGUGAGGGAGAACCGGCGCCAGGAGCCUCCCGACGGCCAGCCCGUGAACCGGGAGGCGGCGGCGGCAGCGGCAGCGGCUGCUGCUGCGGGUGCUGGCGAGCCAGCUGGGCUGGACCACGAGCUGCUGGAGGACAACGACAGCAUCGAGUACGACGACGACGAGUGGGUGGUGCAAAAUGGUGGCACACCCGUGGAAGAAGAGUAUUUGAACGAUGACACAGACUCCACAGAGGACUGACGUCUUUAUUUAAGUUAGCAACACAAAUUCAGCAUUUUAAUUGAAACAUGUCAGGGAUGUGAUUUUUUUCAGUUCCUUUAGGGUUGCCCUUUAAAGGGAUCGUUGGGAUGUUUCUGACGUCCCCGUCAGCAGAAACCUUUCCUCCACUGAAGAAUUCAAGAACGUAGUUCCGCGAGGUGAGGCUCACGACAUGCGUUCAAGAGCAAUACAUUUGCAUCACAAAAAUGAAAGCGUCAGACCUCACAAUCUCUGAUUUUCCCUCCCUUCGCACCACUGCGUGUUGACACCAGCCAUCACAUGACACUUCCAGCACUUGCUUCACGUUGUUUACUGCAGGCAUAGUGAAAGUAAACAUGUCUGACUACCAAACAAGUGAUGGCGACAUUCCUUUUAGCACAAAGCCAAAGGGAUGCUGUUACGUUUAGUGCUGCAAAUGUGUCACUUUUGAGAGGCAUAACAAUGAAGGCUCAUUUGUUGACGUUAUUACCAAAGCUCUUUUUAAUGAGCUGCCCUAUGCACUGAACUUUAAUGAAGUGAAAUUGAAAAACAUGGCCGCACGGUGACUUAGUGGUUAGCAUGUUGUCCACAGAGUCAGUAGAUUGGGAAGAUGUGGGUUCAAAUCUCCGCUUGGGCCCGUCUGUGCAGCUUGCAUGGUUUCCUCCCACAUUCCAAAAGCACACAUGUUAGGUCAAUUGGGAACUUGGGAACACUCUAAAUGUGAAUGUCUGUCUACAUGUUCCCUGUGAUUGGCUGGUGACCAUUGCCCAAAGUCUGCUGGGAUAGGCUCCGACAUCCCCGCUACCCAUGUGAGGACAUGCAGCAUAGAAAAUGAAUACGCAUUUUGUUUACAAUUUCAAUUGAAAUUUGCAGCAUAAAAUUAAUCAAAAUCCAAAAGCAAAAUAUUAAUUAAUUUUGUAGUGCUUACACUCACUAGGGUUGCAAAGGUGCUGGAGCCUAUCCCAGCUGUCUUCGGGCGAGAGGCGGGGUACCCCCUGGAGUGGUCGCCAGCCAAUCACAGGGCACAUAUAGACAAACAACCAUUCACACUCACAUUCAUACCUAUGGACAAUUUGGAGUGGCCAAUUAACCUAGCAUGUUUUUGGAAUGUGGGAGGAAACCGGAGUACCCGGAGAAAACCCACGCAUGCACGGGGAGAACAUGCAAACUCCACACAGAGAUGGCCGAGGAUGGGAUUGAACUCUAGUUUCCGAGCUGUGAGGUCUGCGCGCUAACCACUGGACCGCCGUGCAGCAUAGCAAAAAAAUCAGUUACAUAAAUUCAGCGUCUUAAGAAAAGCUUUGGUAAUAAAGAAAUAGCUGGAACUUCACACAAAACACAAGUAACCCCACCAAGCACACGGAAAAAAAAAACAACCAGGACUCUGCUAACGGGACGCACCGCUGACGGGGAUGUCGGAUAUGUCCAAAAAUUCCCAACCAUCCUUUUAAAGCGCGUGUGUGACAGCUGCGUGGUGACGUCCAACCCGUUCGUUCUGAUCUUUGCACGUUCUCUUCCUGCGCCGCCACGCUGCUCCACGUCACUUUUAAAUGGAAACAUCAGCACAUCUCCAGAACGUAGGGUUCUGUCGCGUUCCACAAGUGUGUGUCUGCACCAACAUGGACACAGGAACCCGUAGCCGGACACACAGUCCAUUUUGAAAGAAUGUCUUUGAUUGUAUAAAAAAAAAAAAAAGUCUGCUGUAAUGAUGCGUUCGCUGAUGGACCGGAGCUCAGGUAGUGUCACAUGUCCCCUUCUCGGCCAAUCGGAGCGAAGCGGAAGCGUCUUGAUGAUGGCCUACUGGUCUCUUGUGUGACCGUGCCUGCAUUUAUGUACGUUCUUGUACAUGUAAUUAAAGCAAACACGCUGACACGUUCUCAGUCAGCCUUCAGUCCGGUUCUGAUAAGAGGUACUUUUGAUAAGCGCUUUCCCCAAAUAAAUGAAACAUGCUGUCAUGUGAUUGAUUGUGUUGAGAGGGAGGAAAGCAGAGUGUGUGUGUGUGUUAAUCAUGCUUGUGUUGCCAGAAUUCACCAAAGGAGCUGAAGGUGACCUCUACCGAGGUCCAGACCGUUUAGUCUCAGGGUCCCGUUGUCGGCCUGCGAGAAGAGUACUACUUUAAUUUCCAGGCUUAAACUACUGUGUCGGGCAAAGUGAGAGUUAUGCUGCUAGAGCGAUUAACGUAUUUGUGUAGAAGAAGAUGCAGCAGCACUUUGCAUCCGUUGGUUCUGAGGCGUUAAGCACAAAGUAUGGCGUUGGGUUGGCCAAACAGCACUGAGAGGGACUUCGGCUCAAGAAGACAAUUGUGCGGAAAGCUUUUUGACAAGGCUGGAAGCUGUCUUUUUUUUCUUUCUUUUUAAUGGCUGUAAUUAAAAUCACAUUUGAUAUUG